GGUUUGAGUGAGUCCGUUUGAGAGAGAGAGAAGAAGGACCUAUAAACAUUUUAGUCCCGAGGCUGGAUGGGAGGAAUAGGAUUUUCCUGACUUUUUCCAACUUUGUUGUGUGUGCCUGGAGCUCUACCCUGUGGCUUUUGCGGGAGGUAUGAGCAGGAGCAAUGCGAAGUGAGAGAAGUUUGCGGCAGGGGUAGGGGUGUACAAAAGGAGGAAGAGAGGGUGAGGGGGGAAAAGGCAACUCACUCUGAAGGAAAGGAGCCAUGCAAGUGCAUUCUGCGUUCUGCUGGGUCAGGUUUCACAAAAUGAGAAACUACAAAAAGAGCACUUCAUCAGGGCUCACCCAGCUCAGAAAGGUAGUGGCAUUUAAGAGAUCAGUUUUGACUUUUUCUGACCAAAUGUGUUUUUUCCAAUAACAAAGAUGCCAGCUGCUAGCACCAUGACCGGUGGGAGAGCCCUGCUGCUCUGUGCAAACACUGACAACUGUAUCUACCAAUCAGUGAACGGGCUUCAGUGCUGUGGCUUGAAGGUCGGGGAGGCUCGAUCAUCUGUGGUGGCCCAGCCUCCAGAGGUGUGCGGGUCACCAGGGGACAGAGAAAGGAGGGGCACUGCAGUGACCAUCAAACAUCCCUCUGUCCCUUCUGUCAGCCUCAGCAACAGCCCAGGUCCUCCCGACACCAUGCUGGCUCACAGAAGAGCCACGACGACCUCUGAUCCACGGACUCCCAACAUGGAGAAUGGGCUAAACCACAAGAGCUCAGCAGGGUCCAAGACUGCCAGCAUUCGUGAUAAGAUAUCACAAUGGGAAGGCAAAAAGGAGUCUGGCCCUGCAACUCCUGCAGGGACAUGUCCACUUAGUGCAAUGCAAAAGGAGACAGAGUCAACGAGAAAAAAAGAAUCCAAAGCUUCAGAGGUCCAAAGAACAGAUAGCAAGAUGUUUGUCAGCUGGGACAGACAAGAUGUGGGGAAAGAGAAUGUUGGAAAGCUCAGCGAUUUGCGACCUACAUCUCCAGACGGUUCAACAAACAAAGAGAGAGAAGUGAUGCUAGAUAGGGGUUGUCGUGCUAUCAAGCCACCAGAACAGGACCAAGACAAGAAAACUGUUUUGACUCAUGUAAAGAAUCUGGAGAAGGCUACAAAGGAAGUUCCUGUAAGACCUUCACUGGCAUUUCCAGGGAACUACUUCUGUCCUCCUUCAAGAGACGAGCUGGAGGAGACAGAGAAGAAGGGUAAUGAGCCUAUUUUUGGGACUUUUGACAUGACUCGACUGGGGGGGUCCCGGAGGAGAAGGGACGGGGACACAGAAAACGUAUACAGUGAGCCAGGUGCUCCAUCCAUAAACCCUCUACCAAAGCCUCAAAGAACCUUCCAGCAUCACACACCACCUUCUACACCUGCCCCAGUCCUCUUCUCUGGAAAAGGAAAGAGGAACUUGCCUCCUUUGCCCUCCAUUCCUCCACCACCUUUACCCACGUGCCCCCCUCCAGGAGUCUGUAGGAGGCCGUGGGCUGAAAAAACCCACAACAGUAAUAACAGGAAGUCCUAUGAGUUUGAGGAUUUGCUCCAGUCCUCUACAGAGAGUUGCCGGGUGGACUGGUAUGCUCAGUCCAGACUGGGUCUAACACGCACUUUAUCAGAAGAGAAUGUCUACGAGGACAUAAUAGAUCCGCCAUCCAAGGAGAACCCUUACGAAGAUAUAGAGUUAGAGCGAAAUUGUUUGGGAAGCAAAUGUGUCUCACCAGCCCCGUCCUCACCAGCCCCUGAUACACCAAAUAAGCUAUCCUCCAAGCCGGGCUUCUUCAGACAAAACUCAGAGCGAAGAAGCUUCAAAGUCCCAGAGCUACGCAAGACCAACAGAGACACUGGUAUCUCGGGCCCUUCCCGCAUCAGCCCCCCCUCAACACCCAGCAGCCCCGAUGACACCCCUUGUCUUUCUGGAGACCCUUACAAUCGCAGACGGAAGAAAAUCCCCAAGAUGGUACUGAAAAUCAAUGGCAUCUUCGAGGCACGCAGAGGAAAGAAACGCAUGAAGAGGGUAUCUCAGUCCACAGAGACCAGCUCAGGGAGAGUGACAGAUGAGAACAGUGAGUCGGAAAGUGACACGGAAGAAAAACUAAAAGCUCACAGCCAGCGGCUGUUCUCGGUUCAGUCCAUGCUGAGGCAGACCGGGCGGUACCGGACCUUGGAGAGGGACUUGAUGGAGUUGCAGGAGAGGAAACUCUUUGAGUACUUCAUCGUUGUCGCUCUCCAUAAGACCAAGGCUGGAGUUCCUUACCUGCCAGAAGUCACACAGCAGUUCCCUCUGAAGCUCGAGAGGAGCUUUAAGUUCAUGCGGGAGACGGAGGACCAGUUGAAGGUCAUCCCUCAGUUCUGCUUCCCUGAUGCCAAAGACUGGGCGCCUGUUGACAACUUCCCCAGUGAAACGUUCUCAUUUGUCCUGACUGGUGAAGAUGGAAGCAGGCGGUUCGGCUAUUGUCGCCGUUUACUGCCCAGUGGUAAAGGCCGCAGACUCCCUGAGGUCUACUGUAUCGUAAGCCGACUGGGGUGCUUCGACCUCUUCUCUAAGAUCCUGGAUGAAGUGGAAAAGAGGAGGGCCAUCUCUCCUGCUCUGGUGCAGCCUUUUAUGAGAGGCAUUAUGGAGGCGCCCUUCCCUGCUCCGGGAAGAACUAUCACUGUCAAAAACUUCCUACCUGGAUCUGGAACGGAGGUGAUAGAACUGUGUCGACCAUCAGAUUCCCGUCUUGAACACGUGGACUUUGAAUGUCUGUUCUCUUCACUGAAUCUCCGUCUCCUCCUCCGAGUUUUUGCCUCCCUGCUGCUGGAGCGCAGGGUCAUCUUCACUGCUGACAAACUCAGCACCUUGUCUCAGUGUUGCCAUGCAGUCGUGGCGCUGCUCUACCCCUUCACCUGGCAGCACACAUACAUUCCUGUCCUGCCACCAUCCAUGUUGGACAUAGUCUGCACUCCAACUCCCUUCAUCGUGGGCCUCCUCUCCAGUUCUCUACCUCGACUCAAAGAAAUGCCCAUAGAAGAAGUCCUGGUCGUCGACCUCGGCAACAGCCGCUUCCUACGUCAGCUGGAUGAUGAAGACUCCAUUCUUCCUCACAAGCUGCAGGCAGCUCUGGAGCACGUGCUGGACAAGAGGAGGGAGCUGGCCAGUGAGAAAGGAGAUCUGCCAGAUGACUCCAUCUCUCUCAGCACGGUGGUGUCGGAGGCCUUUGUGCGUUUCUUCGUGGAGAUGGUGGGCCACUACUCGCUCUUCAUGGGUGGAGCAGAGCGGGAGGACGAGUCUGUUUCCUCGCCCACCCUGCCUAGUCCCUCCUCUUCCGCCCCCUCAUCCUUCCAGCGGGAGGCCUUUCGCAAAGCCGUCACUUCCAAGAGCUUGAGAAGGUUCCUGGAGGUUUUCAUGGAGACCCAGAUGUUCACGGGCUUCAUCCAGGAGAGGGAUCUGCGCAGGCAGGGCCUCAGAGGUCUUUUCGAGGUCAGAGCACAAGAGUACCUGGAUUCACUUCCUGGGAGUGAGCAGAGAGGGGUCAACAAGUUCCUGAAGGGCCUGGGAAAUAAGAUGAAAUUCCUUUCCAAGAAAUGAGUGAAGCUGUCAACGAUGAAAGCAGUGAAGGAAGACACUCUGUCUGCAUGUGGACAAUAUAUAAAUGAAGAUGGACUCAUGUCUCGAAGUCAGAGCUGAGGAAGACGCCUGAAGUGGCGCGGGGUCAGAGCUGGUGAACACAAGGACAUCGGGGGAAUGUUAGCGUUUAGCUCUCAGCUUCAUUAGCAAGUCGUUCCAUUAGUGUUGUGAAGAUCAACAUUAUAAAGAAGAAUCUAGUCUUUCAAUCUGCCGUAAAUGUUUUACAGAUUACUCUCAGUCUUUACAGUGUAUCACUGUAUAACACAUCACAGUGUAAAUGUUUUAGCAACAGAAUUCUCGGUCACUAACGUUACCUGUAGACCUGUGAGGCGUGCCACCAAAGAUGUGGUGUCGUUCACUCCUCUUCUUUACAUUCCAAACAUUUUCUAUUGAAACUUUUAUGAAUACAGCAGUACAACUUCUUUGUCAACAGGAGGCUUUUUAAGUUAAUUUAUAUAGCUUUUUAGACCAAUUUAAUCACUUCUUUUGAUUUUAUUCGAAUGACUGCAAAAGAAUCUCCUGUAGUUGACUAUACAUUUUAUUUAACAGAGUUUUAGUCCAGAUAUUUUGUAGACCACGUUGGGUUGUUGGGUAUUUGUACCACUGUGCUAAGUAAAUGUACUUUUUAUUGGAAAAGGAAUAUGUGCCAGGGCCAAGAGUGGGGAAGGAAAUCAGUGUGAAUGUGUCUCUCAUUUGGGUUUUGGUUGAGAAUGUGGGGCUCUGGGCCCGAAGAGCGAUGUGUAUCUCAAGCCAAUCUGUAUCAUCAUGUUCUACAAAAACAACUAGGGUUGCCUUAAAUUUUGAUUUAAAUGCAAUGAAACUUCAUAAAUAAAGUGAUUUCA